GGUGCUGAACCUUGAGAGGAGGGGGGAGGGUCCCGUGCUGGAGGAUGAGGGCGGGGCCACGAGCCUGGGGAGGUAGGAGCGGCCUGUCCUGGCCCCGCCGUUCUCCCGUUUGCCAUGAAGCAGCUGUGCCUGUGCGCUGCUACGUCCUCCGCGCUCCGGCUCAGCCCCACCGACCUCGGCUCCUGCCCGCCCUGUGGCCCGUGCCCUAUCCCGAAACCCGCAGCCAGAGGCAGGCGUCAGGGCCAAGACUGGGGCAAAAGCGACCAGCGCCUGCUUCAGGCUGUGGAGAACAACGAUGUCGCCAGAGUGGCCUCGUUGAUCGCCCACAAGGGGCUGGUGCCCACAAAACUGGACCCCGAGGGCAAGUCUGCAUUCCACUUAGCAGCCAUGAGGGGUUCGGCGGGCUGCCUGGAGGUGAUGCUGGCUCAGGGUGCCGACGUCAUGAGCACGGACGGAGCAGGUUACAAUGCCCUUCACCUGGCAGCCAAGUAUGGGCACCCUGAGUGCCUGAAGCAACUCCUGGAGGUUUCCUGCGUGGUGGACAUUGAGGACAGCAGUGGGUGGACGGCCCUGCAUCAUGCAGCGGCUGGUGGUUGUCUCUCCUGCUCAAAGCUGCUCUGUUCCUUUAAGGCACAUAUGAACCCCCGGGACCGGUCGGGUGCCACGCCCCUCAUCAUAGCGGCUCAGAUGUGUCACACAGAUCUGUGCCGCCUCCUCCUACAGCAGGGGGCUGCCAUAAAUGACCAGGACCUGCAAGGCAGGACAGCCUUGAUGCUGGCGUGUGAGGGGGCCAGCCCGGAGACCGUCGAGGUGCUCCUGCAGGGUGGGGCCCAGCUGGGCAUCACUGAUGCACUGGGCCAGGACGCCACUCACUACGGGGCCCUGACUGGGGACAAAGUCAUCUUGCAGCUUCUACAGGAGUGUGCCCGGCGCCCUUCCCCUCCCAGCGCCUCUUUAGAGGAUGAUUCCGGAGAGGCCUCAUCUCAGAACUCAGUGUCCAGCCAUGAGAAGCGAGGGGCCCCCAAGAAGAGGAAGGCACCCCAGCCGCCGGCCAGCACGCCUGUUCCUGACGACCAGGAUGCUUAUGAGGAGAUCGUGCGCCUCAGGCAAGAGAGAGGCCGGCUCCUGCAGAAGAUCAGGGGCCUGGAACAGCACAAGGAGCGAAGAAGGAAGGAGCCCCUGGAGGCAGAGGCCAGCUCAGUACACAGCCUGGAGAGACAGGUGCAGGAGCUGCAACAGCUGCUAGCGGAGAAGCAGGAGGAGAAGGAGAGCCUGGGCCGGGAGGUCGAGAGCCUGCAGAGCCGCCUGUCCCUGCUGGAGAAUGAGAGAGAAAACACCAGCUAUGACGUAGCCACCCUGCAGGAUGAGGAGGGCGAGAUGCCAGACUUUCCAGGGGCUGAAGCACUGCUGUCAAAGAAUCUGAGUCCAUCAGCUGAGGAGAUAGUGGCUUCCCUACAGGAGCAGGUGGCUCAGCUCACCAGGAAGAACCAGGAGCUGCUGGAGAAGGUCCAGAUCCUUGAGGAGUUUGAGAAGGACGAGGCACAGAUGGCGGAAGACAGUCAGCCUGACGUCGUCCCCCUAGUCCUGUACGACUCCCUUCGGGCAGAGCUUGAGCAGCUCCGGAGGCAGCACGCAGAGGCCGUGUAUGAGCUGCAGCAGCAGAGGGCGCUGCCCAGGGCUCAUGGGGAAGAGAUCGCACACCCGGAGAGCAAGGACAAGGGUAUCACCAUCCAGAAUGGACCCAGUGUCCAGAAUGGACCCAGUGUCAAUGGCACCACGUAUCCAGAUACCACUGCAAAUGGAACGGAACUCCAAGCCGGAGGCUCCGUGAGCAUCGUGAACAGCGAAGCCGGGCUUUCAGAAGUGGCACCCACGGAGCCUCAGGCUGCAGGUUCAGAGGCCACAGGGAAAGAUGGAGUGUCAACCGAGGCCAUGGACACUAGAGCCACUGUGACUGAGGCCCAAGAUGCGAAAGCUGUAGGUGACAAUGCUGAAAGUGAGCCAGUGGCGGCAGAGGCUUCGGGCAGGAAAGAGAAUCCAGGAAUGAAGACUGAUGGAGAGGAUGCGGAACAAGCAGGGCUCCCAGCACCAGGGAUGAGAAACAUGGAGGCCACCAGAGCAGAGGCCAAGGAAGUGCGGGAUACGGGAGUGCAAGCCACAGGAGCACAGGCCACGGAAGUGAAGACCACGGGAGUGCAGGCCACAGUGGCGGACGUCAUAGGAGUGAAGGUCACGGGAGUUCAGGCGACGGCAACAGAAUCCAUAGCAGUGGAGGCCAACACCAUGGAGGCCACAGCAGUGAAGGCCAACACCGAGGCUACAGGAGCGCAGGCCAUGGCGGCAGCAGACAGCACAGGAGCUCAGGCCACGGCAGUGGAGGCCACUAGCACGCAGGGAGCUGUGACGGACGCCACUGGCACCCAGCCCACGGCACUGGAGGCCACGGGCGCGCAGGCCCCUGGGAUGGAGGCCACGGAGGCCGCAGCCACCGGCAGGGAGAGCCCCUGCGCUGAGGUCCUGCCCCCGGGGGCGGCGGCGGCUGCGCUGCAGGCCGAGCUGGAGACCCGGAUCCGCGGCCUGGAGGAGGCGCUGCGCCGGCGGGAAAGGGAGGCCGCGGCCGAACUGGAGGCCGCAAGGGGCCGGUUCGCCGAGGCGGAGGCGGAGGCGGAGGAGGCGGCGCGGGGGCGAAGCCGCGAGCUGGAGGCGCUCCGGGAACUGCUGGCCACGGCCACGGCCACGGGCGAGCGCGCAGGCGCAGAGGCCGCCGAGCUGCGCCGGGCGCUGUCGGUCGCCGAGGCUCAGGCCGCGGAACUCGGGGCCGCCCUCGCCGCCGCCCGCGAGGAGCUGGAGCGCGUGCGCGGGGCCUCGGUGCCUGCGGACGAGCACGAGCGUGCGCUGGGCAGCCUGCGCGAGCACGUGGCCCAGCUGCAGGCGCAGCUGGCGGAGCUGGCGCGCAGACACGAGAGGACCAGCGCGGAGGUCUUCCAGGUGCAGCGUGAGGCAUUGUUUAUGAAGAGCGAGAGGCACGCGGCCGAGGCCCAGCUGGCCACGGCUGAGCAGCAGCUCCGCGGGCUUCGUACAGAGGCCGAGAGGGCGCGCCAGGCCCAGAGCCGUGCCCAGGAGGCCCUGGACAAGGCCAAGGAGAAGGACAAGAAGAUCACAGAUCUGUCCAAAGAAGUCUUUGCACUGAAGGAGGCUCUGAAGGCACAGCAGGCACCCCCGGCCAGCUCCAAGGAGGAGGAGGAGGCUCUUCGAGGCCAGGUGACAGCUUUGCAGCACAGGAUGGAGGAGGAGGCCCGGGAACAUGGUGCCGUGGUGGCUUUAUACCGCAAUCAUCUCCUGUAUGCCAUUCAGGGACAGAUGGACGAGGACGUACAGUGCAUUCUCAGCCAGAUCCUGCAGAUGCAGCGGCUGCAGGCGCAGGGCCGCUGAGGACUCAGCUCAGAUGUUCAGUCUCCAUCCUUCACCUCGGCAAGCUGAAGCCACAGACAUCACCACCUUCUCACGCACCUGAGGAACAACAGGACUCAGCAUGCAGUGGGAGACCAGCCUGGGCCUCAGCAAUGGUGCCCAGCUCACCCCUCACCCCACAGCACCCUGCACUCUGGCCCUCUGAUUCCUGUCACUCCCCAAGCUCACUGAGAGAGAGAGAGAGAAAGAGAGAAGCAGUGUGGGACGCUGGGUGAGGACAUGCUUGGAGCAGGGGGACUCAGAACAGUUUGGUCUUCUGGAUCCAUAACACAAUCACGGCAAUAAAUAUGAGUGCUGUGCAGUGUUU